AUGAGUGCCUCUGGAUUUUACGAACUAUAUCGUCGAAGCACCGUAGGAGCUACACUGGUGGAUUCACUCGACACGCUGAUAAGCGACGGUAGAAUAGAGGCAUCGUUGGCGAUGCGGGUGCUGGACACUUUCGAUAGAGUCGUGGCCGAGACACUGAAGGAUAAAACACAAAGCAAGCUUACGUUCAAAGGUCACCUGGAUACAUACCGCUUCUGUGACGAUGUCUGGACAUUUAUCAUUAAAGACUGCAGCGUGAAGCUGGAACAAACUGAGGAUGCACAGGGAAAUACUGUCGUGGUUGACAAAGUGCGGAUAGUGGCGUGCAAUUCGAAGAAAACCGGCGAGUAG